UUGGUCUCAAACGACUAUAAUGCCACGCUGCAGUUUGAAGUUGCCCCACCAAGAUCUCUCAGCACGAGAGCACUCGUCCGCAUCCAACAUGUAAUUAUAUCCAUCUGUCGUUUGGACAACCUUUGGAAUCAUAAACGUACCAAAUGCCCCGAAGGUCACAAGCAAGUCUUAAACUCCAGUCAUCGACCAUGCAAACGAAUAAAGUGUCCCUAAAGAACCAUCCUGCUCCUUUCCUCCCGCCCCUCCCCACUCCAUUGUCUCCCUCCAUCUGAAUCACCCAUACCUAUCCACCCACCAGGCCCCAACUUCGUCCCAUCAGCCCUCUCAACCUCCCAGCCCCGACUCUCAAAAACCCACCUACCGCCCAAACCUCCCCUCAUAUCCUCACCCCCAUUCCUUCCCCGCAAAAUGGCCACCCCCGCCCCGCCCGUCCCCCCGGGCUACGAUCCAUCCACGCCCCCCUCUGACGAGGAGAAAGAGGCGGAGAUGCCGCUCACCAUGGCCGCGUCGGUCGUGCUAGACGCGCUACCGCGCGAUGCGGCAGCGGCGCUGGAGGGAGCGGUGGAUACGACGUUGGAGAAAGUCACCGUGCGCCUCCAACCCGUCGGCUCGGCGCCGAUCCUCCGGCAGCGCGUGUUCAAGAUCGCAGCGUCGAAGAAGUUCGAGACGGUGAUCCGGUCGCUGCGGAAGAAGCUGUCGCUGAAGGAGUCGGAGAGCGUAUUCUGCUACGUGAACUCGGUGUUCUCGCCCAGUCCGGAGGAGGGCGUGGGGAACUUGUGGAAUUGCUUUAAGGUGAAGGAUGAGUUGGUGGUGUGCUAUUCGGUGGCGCCGGCGUUUGGUUGACGAUUGGGAAGAGGGGAUAGCAUUGAGAUGGCGUACGUUACGACGGGACGGGCACAUGAAGG